AUGUAAAUAAACUCGAGGGGUUUAUUGUUUAUAUUAAUUUUUUUAUAUUUUUCUCUGUUGUAAAUUUACGAUAAAUAGACCGUUUUACGGCAGUUGAUAUUUUUUGGUGUAAACAAUGGCGGAUGCCAUGCUCUCGAAAACUGAUUCAAAAUCCUUGAAGAAAGGUUCAAGUGCUUCAAAUGAGGCAAAAGGUAAAAAUCCUAAAAGAAAAUCAUCCGGUGAUGAUUCUCGUUCAAAGAAUGACGAUACAAAUAGUUGUAGUAGUGGUGCAAAAAUUGUCAGCUCCGGCGAGGCCGGAACUGUUGCUUCAAGACUUAAAGGUCUGAGUCAAAAUACUGGCGAAGCUAGUAAAGAGCCCACUUUAGCUGAGGUUUUUUCAGUUCUGAAGAACAUGCAACAGGAACAGAGUUCCCAAAAAACUGAUUUUGUGUCUCUCAAGUCGAUGGUCGACGAAUUGUAUUACGUUGAGCCUGAGGGUUACGAUGAAAGCCAGGGUGCAGACCCUGAGGUUUAUGAUGAAAAUAAUAAUGACAAUAAUGAUCAUGUUGGUGAUACUGAGGUUGCAGAACCUCCAGCUAAAAAACAAAAAACUGUUGACAAAGAGGGUGACAAUGUUUUUAAAGCUGCUGCUCAAGCUUAUAGGUCAAAAGAUAAUGUUGAUACAAGUGUAGAUGACACUUUAGCUGACACGGUUAAUGAAUUUUUCCGUGAGGGAAUAUCUGAUGAAAAAUACAAUGAACUGAUGAAAUCAGUAGCUAGACCAGAGAAUUGUGUUUCUCUUACAAGGACUAGAGUAAAUCAGCUCAUUUGGGAUUUACUCUCUCCUCAAACUAGAUCUUUUGAUUCGGUCAUACAACAACAUCAAGAGACUGUUGUUAAAGCAUCAUGUAACAUUACAAAAUUAUUAAAUAUGUUGUGCAAACUAAAAUCUGAAUUGGGUGACGACUGUCAACAAGAAAUGCAGUCUUGCAUAGAUUUGGGGAUUGAUUCCAUAGCUUUACUGUCACAAUAUAACAAGAUGACUAAUAUAAAAAGAAAGGAAUAUCAAAGAUUUGAUUUAAGUCCUGAAUAUCAUCAUUUAAGUUCACCCUCAAUUCCUUUCACUGACAUGCUUUAUGGUGACAAUGUCCAUCAAAAGUCGAAAGAAAUUCAAGACAUGAACAGACUUGGUCGAAAUUUAAAUAAUAAUAAUAAUGCAAGAGGUAGAGGAAAUGGUUUUUCUCGAGGAGGUAGUUUUGGUAGAGGACGAGGUUUUGGUAGAGGCCAUGCAGGGUCUCGUCGUGGUGGAUACAGAGGUGGUCGAGGCCGUGGUUACGGCGGUAGAGGCCAGUAUUCAAAUGAUCAAGGUGGUUCAAAAAACUUGAGAGGUGUUCCAAGUUUCCUGAGGAAGUAAAUUAUGCUAAACAGUAGAUGUCUACAGAAAGUUCAGAAAGACAGUGCAGAGGUUCUGAUGAUUGUACCAUUAUGGCCGACUCAGGCAUGGUAUCCAGUUUUACUAGAAAUGUUGAUAGACUUUCCAAAAAUGUUG